AAAGACGACCCCCUGCUGAAGGUCUAUGCUUGCAACACAGAAAGCGACUGGAGUCAAAUACACGACAACAUCAUUAAGAAAGUCAACUCCAGAUACAACCUCUCAGGCUCCAACACAGGUCUGGCGGUGGCGCUUCAGUUACUACACGGCGACAUCGAACAGCUGCGGAGAGAAUACAUGGUGCUUUUUACAAGAGGAGUGUCCAUCACUAAAAAACUGGGCUUCUCUGAUGUCAUCAUGCCAGGUGAGAUGAGAAAUGAUCUCUACAUAACACUGGAAAAGGGCGAGUUCGAGAAGGGAGGGAAGAGCGUGGCGAGGAACGUUGAAGUCACAGUCUACGCGCUGGACGCCGAUGGACAGAUCCUCAAGGGGUUUGUGGCCGUGGGCUCAGGCGAGCCGGGCGGAGAUGAGUAUCACACCUUCGUGCUUUACCACAACAACAGUCCGCGGUGGGCGGAGCUAAUCAAGCUGCCCGUCCCUGUCGACAUCUUCCGGGGCUCUCAUGUCCGCUUCGAGUUCCGCCACUGCUCCACAAAAGAUAAGGGGGAAAAGAAGCUGUUUGGCUUCUCAUUCGUUCCUCUAAUGCAGGAAGAUGGGCGGACUCUGCCCGACGGCACCCACGAGCUCAUCGUUCAUAAGUGUGAAGAGAACGCUAACCUGCAAGACUGUGCUCGCUACCUCAAACUGCCCUUCUCAAAAUCAGAUCUGCCUGGCAACAGCCAAACUAUGAAAGGCACUAAGGAAUCCCUAUGGAUCACAUCAUUCCUCUGUUCUACCAAACUCACUCAGAACGGUGACAUGCUGGACUUACUGAAGUGGAGAGCCCAUCCAGAGAGAAUCAGCAACAGCCUGUCUAAACUCAAAGAGAUCGAUGGCUCAGAAAUAGUUAAGUUUUUACAGGAUACACUGGACACGCUUUUCGGCAUUUUGGACGAGAGCUCUCAGAGAUAUGCACUCAAGGUGUUUGAUUGUCUGGUGCACAUUAUAAACUUGCUUCAGGACAGCAAGUUUCAACAUUUUAAACCAGUCAUGGACACCUACAUUGAAAGCCACUUUGCAGGAGCCCUAUCAUACAGGGAUCUGAUCAAGGUGCUGAAGUGGUACGUGGACCGCAUUAUUGAAGCGGACCGUCAGGAACAACAUCCAACAGGUGCUAAAGGAAUGGCGACGGAGUAUAUUUUUAAGUAUAUUAUCCAGUCGCGGCGGCUGUUUGCGCUCGCCACGGGCGGACAGAACGAGGAGGAGUUCCGCUGCUGUAUGCACGAGCUUUUCAUGUCCAUCCGCUUUUUCCUCUCGCAGGAGAACAAGGGCUCACGGCCCAUCACACAGACACAGGCAGUGUUUUUGCAGUCGUUCCCUGCUGUGUACGGGGAGUUGCUGAAGCUCUUUACGCUCAGGGAAGUGGCCACAUUUAUCCGGGAGACAUUGGGCAGCCUCCCCACUGCGUCCCAGGCAGACUGCCCCCUGGAGGCUGUUAGGCUGCACUGCAUUGCCAAAACUGUAGAGAGCCAGCUCUACACAAACCCUGAGUCUAGAUGUAUCCUGCUCCCAGUGGUGCUGCGUUUGCUCCAGGCUCACAUGCAGGAGCAGCGAGAUCUCAUCAUGUGCGCUCACAUACUCACCUGCAUGAUGUCUCUCCUCAAGAAGGAUGACACGGAGCCAGCCGCAUCCGAAGAGGUGGAUCUGAUCGUGCAGAGUGUUUUGAGUGUGUUACUGCGGACCAUAUUGGAAAUUGCUAACCGGCCACAACCAGCAGGGCCUACGCUACGGCCACAAGUUCAAGACGUUACGGGCGAGUUUGUGUCGUGUCUUUUGGCUCUGUUGAGGCAUAUGAAGGACAGACACUACCAGCAGCUCCUGCAGAGCUUCACCAGUAAAGACGAGCUGCGGGACUUUCUCCUGCAUAUCUUCACUGUGUUUCGGAUCCUGAUAAGACCAGAAAUGUUUCCCAAAGACUGGACGGUCAUGCGGCUGGUCACUAACAACAUCAUCAUCACCACGGUGCUCUACCUGUCAGACGCUUUAAGAAAAGACUUCCUCAAUGACAAGUUUGACUAUAAGGUGUGGGAUUCCUACUUCUGCCUGUCUGUUAUUUUCAUCAACCAGCCCUGCCUCCAGCUCGAGACCUUCUCUGCUUCGAAGAGGAAGAAAAUACUGGAAAAGUACGGAGACAUGCGUGUCAUGAUGGGAUGUGAGAUCUUUAGCAUGUGGCAGAAUUUAGGAGAGCACAAGCUGAACUUUAUCCCAGCGAUGAUCGGCCCGUUCCUGGAGGUGACGCUGGUGCCUCAGCCGGACCUGAGGAACGUGAUGAUCCCCAUCUUUCAUGACAUGAUGGACUGGGAGCAGCGGCGGAGCGGGAACUUCAAACAGGUGGAGGCAAAACUUAUCGACAAGCUGGACAGCUUGAUGUCGGAGGGGAAAGGAGACGAAACGUACAGAGAGCUCUUCAACAGCAUAAUUCCUCUGUUCGGUCCGUAUCCUAGUCUGUUGAAGAAGAUUGAGAGAGAGACGUGGAGAGAGAGCGGGAUAUCCCUUAUAGCCACAGUCACACGGCUGAUGGAGCGACUGCUGGACUACAGAGACUGUAUGAAGUUGGGGGAAGUGGAUGGAAAAAAGAUUGGCUGUACAGUCAGUCUGCUGAACUUCUACAAAACAGAGCUGAAUAAAGAGGAAAUGUACAUCCGCUACAUUCACAAGCUGUAUGACCUGCAUCUGAAAGCACAGAAUUACACAGAGGCCUCAUAUACACUUCUGCUGUACGAUGAGCUGUUGGAAUGGUCUGAGAGACCCUUGCGGGAGUUUCUGAGUUACCCGAUGCAGAGCGAGUGGCAGAGGAAGGAGUAUCUGCAUCUCACCAUCAUCCAGAACUUUGACCGUGGAAAGUGUUGGGAGAAUGGCAUCCUCCUGUGCAGGGAGUUAGCGGACCAGUACGAAUCCUACUAUGAUUACAGAAACCUCAGCAAAAUGAGGAUGAUGGAAGCUUCGUUUUAUGAUAAAAUAAUGGACCAGCAGCGUCUGGAGCCAGAGUUCUUCAGAGUGGGCUUCUACGGCAAGAAGUUCCCCUUCUUUCUAAGGAAUAAGGAGUUUGUGUGCCGUGGUCAUGACUACGAGCGUCUGGAGGCGUUCCAGCAGCGCAUGCUCAAUGAGUUCCCUCAUGCCAUCGCAAUGCAACACGCCAACCAGCCUGACCAGACCAUCUACCAGGCUGAAGCCCAGUAUCUGCAGAUUUAUGCUGUCACACCAAUCCCGGAUAGCCAGGACGUCCUGCAGCGUGAUGGCGUCCCCGACAACAUCAAGAGCUUCUAUAAGGUCAACCAUAUCUGGAGGUUUCGCUAUGACCGCCCGUUUCACAAGGGCACCAAAGACAAAGAAAACGAGUUUAAGAGCUUGUGGGUAGAAAGAACAACGUUAACGCUUGUUCAGAGUCUCCCAGGCAUCUCACGCUGGUUUGAAGUGGAGAGAAAAGAGCUGGUGGAGGUGAGUCCUCUAGAGAACGCUAUCGAGGUCAUCGAGAACAAGAACAUGCAAUUGCGGACGUUGAUCACACAGUGUCAAACCGGGCAGAUGCAGAACAUCAACCCCUUGACCAUGUGUCUCAAUGGAGUCAUCGACGCCGCUGUCAACGGAGGUCUCGCUCGCUAUCAGGAGGCAUUCUUCGUGAAGGACUACAUAAUGAAUCACCCUGAAGACGGAGACAAAAUCGGCCGUCUGCGAGAGCUCAUGUUUGAGCAGGCUCAGAUCCUGGAGUUUGGUUUGACUGUGCAUGAGAAGUUCGUUCCUCAGGACAUGCGGCCUCUGCACAAGAAACUGGUGGAUCAGUUUCAUCUGAUGAAAUCCAGCCUCGGCAUACAGGAGUUUCCAGCCUAUGUGCAAGCCAGUCCGAUCCACUUCACCAACGGAAGCCCUCGAGUCGGAAGAAACUCUGCGCCCAACAUAAUGAGUCCAGAGGGAGGAGCGCGUGUGGUGUCACGCCGCAGUCCCCUCACCUACCCAGCAGUCAACCGCUACUCUUCAUCCUCGCUGUCGUCGCAGGCCUCCAAUGAAGUGAGCAACAUCACGGGCCAAUCAGAGAGCUCAGAUGAAGUCUUCAACAUGCAGCCAAGUCCAUCUACCUCAAGUCUCAGUUCCAAUCACUCAGCCUCUCCCAACGUGACCAGCUCGGCUCCAUCCAGUGCCAGGGGUUCUCCACAGUUGUCAGAUAAACGCAAGCAUUCCCGAGAGAACUGCCUCUCGCCGCGAGAGAGACCCUGCAGCGCCAUAUAUCCAAACCCCCUGGAUCCCGCACAGAGGCCGGUUCCACGCCCAGCAGGCGACGCUUCCUUGCCUCGCAGUAACCCCAACAUCUCCACCCCCGACAAAGUGAUGAAGCCUGCACCAAGUAGCUGGAGUCUAGACACGCCGCUCUCUGAUUCUAAUGGAAAGUGUCCCCCUGUCCCUCCUAGACCACCAUACUCGGGAUCUCCUGCCAAGACUACACGAUCACAGUCCCCCGUGAUGACAUUAUGCUCACCGCAGAAGACCUCUGCAGCUCCGUUCACCCCCUCACCCACAGAGUUCCAGUCGACGGGGUUGGUGUCGAAUUCUCCAGUGCUUUCUGGAAGCUACAGCAGCGGUAUCUCGUCUCUCAGUCGCUGCAGCGUCUCGGAGCACUCCGGAACUGAGAACACACCCGCUGACCACGCCCUCCCAAACUCCACCUCCAGCGGAUCGGACGAGCUUAUUCGGCGGGAGAACAAGACCCCGCCUCCUUACAGCAUACACGAGCGGAAAAACCCCCGCAGACAGGUCCCGCUUCCACCGAGCCUUUCGAUUCCUCCAAGCAUCGACGCGCCACCUGUUCCACCCAAACCUCACCAGAUUCGAAGGCAAGACACUGAGCCACGCCGGCCUGACCAGUUUCCCAGACCCCGGCCCAUUCCCAGGAAAGUCUCACAGCUCUAACGCUGCACCCUUCACUCCAACCCCACCGUUUGCACUUUUACACUUAACCUCUCUGGGUUUAUGAAUACAAACUCCCAAUUUUAAUUAAAUGUAUAAAGUAGACUGAGGAAUAUUUUUAUUAUAUUUAUAUUUAGAGUGAGAGAGGGGAUACAGGGGUAUGACUGCAUUUUAUGCACUUUUUAGGUCAGAAAUUAUAACUCAGCUUGUCAAAUUACCCGAGCCCCUGAAUUAAUUCUAAACCGAACUUGGUACCAUGGUAUUUUCUCAGAUUUUUCAAAGAUUUAUCAAUGCUAAUGUGUAUUUAUAGUGGUUGAUACAAGACAUGUUUGCCUUAAGAGUCUUUUUAUCAAUGAGAAAUGCACGAUUAAAAGUACUUUGUACUUUUUAUUAAGACAAAAGGUGCUAAAAGUCAUCUAAAUUAAUGUUAGCACAAUAUAUUCAAGAUUGCAUUUUCCUUUGGGUCUAAGGCCUAUUCACACUGAAUGCAAGGAAAAAUGUGGGGUAAAAUAAUGAAAUAUUAGCACAUUCAUGGACUUAAGAAUUUAAGUCCAUAAAGGGGUUGGGGAAAAAAUAUUUUAUA